AAGGAAAACGAAACUUAGGUUGUCGCCAUCGGGCCCUGCUGAACUUUCUUCGCGUAAAACGCGCCGACGGGAUAUGUGAACUGACUCUACCGCCGCGGCUCUUCUCUAUAGCAGUGCAUGUUUCCUUUUACCGCGGAGUGUAAAAGCAAGCGACAUAUUUGGCGUUUUGCAGAGAGAGUAAAGGUGGGAUCCUGUAAACAAUCCGGAAGACUGGAGGGGGGGAAAACUUGGCGUUGUACAGCUGUAACUUGGUAUGUUUGCACAAAGAAAAAAAUCCGGUCUGAUCCUCUCCGUCGACUUGUUGCAUUGCUCUUUGUGAGAGGCACCCCCCGGGUCUGUUUGCGCAAAUCUGGGUUUCCCUUUAUCGCGUCCUUGCGGAGACAACGGGAGCAACGUCCUCCCCUCUUCUCACCGUCGCCGCCUUCAGUUUGCCCCAGCUGUUGUCAGCAGGAGAUCAGAGCCUGCUCUGCCAUCCCACCAGGGUCUGCUGUCCUUGCUACACUGCAGAACACACUGCCAUUAAGAAGCUGCAAAGCCAGCUCCAACGGGCCCCUUCCAUCCCGCCCUCUACGCUAUGAGCAGAGGUAGAGGAGGGCCUUCUAAAGAACACUACCACAGACCUCCACUGCCCCAGCUCCAGGCCAAAAAUUAUUACUACAGGCCCCACCCAGACAACCCCCAUCCAAGAACUCCUCCACAGCAAGCUCCAUAUACAAGUGACGGCUCCUGCCCCAAACCCCCUGCUGUGCUCUCCCAAUCCACAGCUAGUCCUUUCCCACCCUCUGCUCCCCCCCUAUUGGGCCACAUACCAGUAAAACAUCCUACAGCCAAACUCCCCAACGGAUCAGAUAGUUGCGACCCCAGCACAGCACCCGGUUCCUUUCAGUAUCUGCAGGUCAGCUUUUUGCGGGGACAGAGUCGUGAGGCCCCACAAUUUAGAAGCAGUCUCCAAGGAGGUGGGGGGGAAGCAGCACCCAGCAGGGGCUCACUGCACCAGCACCAGAUAGGGUACGGUAGGCACUCUUACCCAAAUUGUAACUCUUGGGGUAGAGGGGGCUACAACCGGGACCAGAGUCUGCUGCACCCAUCCAACGGUGGAGCUUCAAGAGGCACUGUAGGCCCUCAGUACUGGAAUCAUAACCAAGCACAAGCUAAAAACCACAACCAGUACUCCAAUAGACAGCUGUGCAGCCAAGAAGACUUGAUAUCUGAAAGUUUUCAGAAUUUGUCCCUUCAUAGAGACAGGUCCUACAGAGGAAAGGGAGACUGUUUUGAUAGAGCAUUUGUGUCGAACAGCUCAAUCAGUCAGACAUUUAAUAAAGUGCAUCUCACUCUCACCCCCAACAUUGAGGAGCUUGUGUAUAGGUCCUUGGAUGCAUUGAGGUCAAGUGAGAGUAUCUCGGCAAAAUUGCUUGCAAAAAAGCUGCGCCUGCCCAAAAAAGUUGUCAACCAGGCUCUCUAUUCUCUGGAACGUUCACAGAAGGCCUCCAAACAAGGUGUUCACCCUCCGGAGUGGACUCUGUAUAGACAGCCUUCCCAAGACUGGGAAAAUCCAAACCCAAAACCAGGAAGCCCACAUUCUCAGCAGUGGGUCUGUUCACAGCACUCUGGGAAUCAAAACCCUGAGCUUACGUUAGAAGCAGAAACAGAAAAAACCCAGACACACAUUGAAGAAAAAGAUUCUGAUGGUGAAUUCAGUUCCUCUUUGUCCUCCUCCUCCUUAGAAUCAUCUGACUUCUACCAGAAAGAAUCCCAAUCACCAGCUAAACUCAAGCAUCGGGUGAAACAACAACCUUUUACUUCCAGUUCCACUAGCCAGGACCUCAAGACAAUCACCAUGACAGAACAAAAAGAGAAAAUUCUGCAGUAUCUCCUUCAGUCAGGGAAGGCCACUUCUCUUGUCAUAGCGAAGAACCUGGGCUUUAAAAAUGCCAAGCAGGUCAGUCCCACCCUCUAUUUCCUGGAGAAGCAAGGCGAGGUCACCAAGAAUAGUGAGGUCAACCCUCCCACUUGGGAACUGUCCAAUCAUCGCAGAGAGAAGAUGGAAAGGAGCGUCAAAGCCUUGCAAGGGCUUGCAGCAGCCGCAAGCAGUCAGAUGGAAGUGGGAGCCGUUGGUGAAGAGACAGGAGCUGAGUCCGUGUUACUGCCAUCAAUACUACCAUCACCAGGGCUUAAGCCUCAUCCACCCCAGGAAAGCUGGCAGCCGCAAGAAAGCCCCAGCGAAGAGAAAGAGGCCAAUGGAGGGCAGUGGACCACCGACGACAUCCCUGAAUUCCUCAAUGCCAUUCGCCGAAAGACAGAUGCUGAGAAACUGGCUGAAGACGGAGGGACUGUUGCUGUGUCACUGGCGGCCCCCCCACCUCAGAACCUGUGGGCUAAGUUACAGGAGGUGAGGCUGAAGAAUCCCGUCAGUGGCCUCAUGGAGUAUGCACAGUACUUAGGCCAGAACUGUGAGUUCCUGCUCCUCGACCAAUCCGGGCCCUCCCAUGACCCCAGAUUCCGUAUGCAGGUGAUGCUUGAUGGGAGGUUGUUUCCUGCAGCUGAGGCCUCUAGUAAGAAGGUGGCAAAGAAGGAUGCUGCUGCAGCCACCUUGCGCGCCCUCAUAGGAGAGACGCAGGGUGGUGGAAGCCUCGGGGAGGAGGGAAACACUGCCGUUGUGAAUGAGGACAUGGAACCUAUCCCUGAAACAACGGACCCCAUUGAAGGAAUAGAGGGAGUCUUUGGGGCAGGUGCUAUGGAGGCAACUGGAAUUGUGGAGGGGCGUCGGCAGCCCCUGUCCCGCUCGCUGCCGGGUGGAAAGAACCCGGUCUCUGUUUUGAUGGAGUACAGUCAGCGCACUGGGAACCCCAUUGAGUUCAUGCUCACUGGGCAAGAAGGCCCACCGCAUGACCCACGGUUCAUGUACAGGGUGAAGGUUGGGGAGAGCUUGUGUGCAGAGGCCUCAGCCCCCAGCAAGAAGGCAGGCCGUCAGCUGGCUGCCGAGGAGGCAGUCAAGGAGUUGAUGGCCGAUGGAAAACUCCAGCUGAACAAGCCCCAGUUGCCACUUGGUCCAUCAUCUGAUAGUGAGGGAGGCAACUCUGGGCCUACCUGCCCCUCCUUACCCCCUCUGACAGCAGAUGAGUUGCGUGCAGCCCAUGAGGCCGGAGUAGGGGAUCUUAUUAACCACCUGAACAAUAAUGCUGUGUCUGGUCUGCUGGAGUACGCUAGGGCCCGGGGCUUUGCUGCCGAGAUCCGGCUGGUGAGCCAAGCCGGGCCGCCGCAUGAGCCCAAGUUCACCUACCAGGCCAAGCUGGGUGGGCGCUGGUUCCCUCCAGUGUGUGCAUCCAAUAAGAAGCAGGGGAAACAGGAAGCAGCAGAUGCUGCUCUGAGGGUUCUGAUCGGUGAGGCUGAGAAGGCAGCUCGCACUGGGGAGCUUAUCCCAGCAGAGCUUCCAGUGAGCGGCAGCACUUUGCACGACCAGAUAGCAAUGUUGAGUCACCAGCGUUUCAACGCCCUGACCACACGUAUCCAGCACAGCCUUCUGGGACGCAAGAUCCUGGCCACUAUCAUCAUGAGGAGAGGGGAGGGCCUGGGGACUGUCGUCAGCCUGGGAACUGGGAAUCGCUGCGUUAAAGGAGAGGAGCUGAGCCUUAAAGGGGACACUGUUAACGACUGCCAUGCAGAAAUCAUCUCCAGAAGAGGAUUUGUCCGAUUUCUGUACAGUGAGCUGCUGAAGCACUUCAACGAUGCAGAGAACAGUAUAUUUGAGCUAGCUUCGGAAAACAAGCUCCAAAUCAAAUCUGACAUCACCUUUCACCUCUACAUCAGCACGGCACCAUGUGGUGAUGGAGCACUGUUUGAUAAGUCGUGCAGUGAGACAGGUGAUGAGGUGGAGGGUCACCAGCCUCUCUUUGAGAAUGCCAAGCAGGGCAAACUCCGCACCAAGGUGGAGAAUGGUGAGGGAACUAUCCCGGUGGAGUCGAGUGCCAUCGUGCCCACCUGGGAUGGCAUUCAGCACGGCGAGAGACUCCGUACCAUGAGCUGCAGCGAUAAGAUUAUGCGCUGGAACGUACUUGGCCUGCAGGGGGCGCUGCUUAGCCACUUUAUGCAUCCCAUCUACCUGAGGUCCAUCACUCUAGGUUAUCUGUACAGCCACGGGCACCUGACACGGGCCGUCUGCUGUCGGCUCGCCAGAGAUAACGAGAACUUUGCCCAGAGUCUGCCUCCUCCCUUCACGCUCAACCAUCCAGAGGUGGGAAGAGUGAGCGUGUACGACUCGACGCGCCACACAGGCAAGACCAAGGAAUCCAGUGUGAACUGGAGCUAUCCAGACCAACUCAGCGUGGAGGUGCUGGAUGGUACCAAAGGCAAACUGGACGGGCCCAAGCUGGACGUGUCCCGCGUGUCCAAGUCCAACCUGUUCCGUCUGUUUCGGAUGUUGUGUCAGAUGGGUGGCCGCCAUGACCUCCUCUCUCUGCCUUCCUAUGCCCAGGCCAAGUUGUCGGCUACGUCAUUCCAGCUGGCCAAGCAGCACUUUUUCAAGGCCCUUAACAUCCACGGGUAUGGGGCCUGGAUCGGCAAACCGCUGGAAGAGAAGAGCUUUGAGGUGGGGGAGGGGACCAGCAGCAGAGGGGGAGGUUUCGCCCAGGGAUGCAGCAGCAACAACAACGGAGGCAUGACUGCGAUCGAGAAAGAGGAGGCAGCCAUGUAGAGGCGGAGGGAAGAGGCUAGGCAAAGCCGUCGGGGCAGGA